AUGAUGGCGGAGGAGGCGGCUGAGGAACAGGCCCCGCGCAGCUCUUUCGUUACCUACAUGGCCGAGGGGGAGCAGUUAUACCAGCGGGGGGAGUUCAGUAAAUCUAAGGAGAGCUACAGCAAUGCCCUUGAUUUGCAACCAACUGAGAAACACUGCCUAGUAGCACGAUCCAAAUGUUUCUUAAAACUCGGAGACCCAGUUUCAGCACUGAGGGAUGCAGAGGCUUCUCUACAGGAAGAUAAAGACUUCUUCAGGGGUCUUUACCAGAAAGCAGAGGCACUCUAUGCCAUGGGAGACUUUGAAUUUGCCCUUGUGUUUUACCAUAGAGGGUACAAGCUACGUCCUGAACUCCACAUGUUUCGCUUGGGUAUACAGAAGGCCCAGGAAGCCAUAGAAAAUUCAGUUGGAACUCCAACCUCCGUGAAACUAGAACACAAAGAGGGCAUGGAGUUUCUCAGCAAACAAGAAGAAAGCAAGAAAGCUAAACAAAAAUUACCAGCAAAGUUACCCAAAAAAGCCCCCAAACAGCAGAAAAAAAUGGACCCAUCGAAAAGUCAGAAGACUGCACGCCAACUGUUGGGAGAGGUCUACAAUGAUAUGGAGUAUCUGGAGAGCCUAUUAAAGGAUGAAGGUCUGGUAAAAGGAAACACCCGUAGUGGGUUAAAGCUGCAGGACCUUAUCAUCAAUGCCAUCACCUACCUGGACACCCGUACUGAGUUCUGGAGACAGCAGAAGCCUAUCUAUGCCCGGGAGAGGGAUCGCAAACUUAUGGAGCAGAAAUGGAACCGGGAACGCAGCAAACUUUCUUAUCCCAGUCAAAACCUCCUUAAGAACAUGGAAGAGAUUGAUCUGUUACUUUCUAAGGGGAAUGCGCAAGGGAGUUAUCAAAAGGCUAAACAAGUACUGAAGAACGUCGAGAGCUUGAAAGAUGACAUGCCAAAUAAACAGGAGAUACUGAGUAACCUGUACAGCUGCAUAGGGAAUGCACAGAUGGACAUGGGGCAGAUGGAAGAAGCUCUACAAAGUCACAGAAUGGACCUCAAAAUAGCAAAUGAGAAUGACUUUGUUGAAGCAAAAUCCAGAGCUCUGGACAAUAUAGGGCGAGUCUAUGCACGCAUUGGGAAGUUUGAGGAAGCCGUAGAAGUUUAUAGGUGGAAAGAGAAGAUCUCUUUGCCCACUUCAAACCUUGAGAAGACUUGGCUGUUCCAUGAAAUAGGGAGAUGCUACUUGGCACUAGAAUUGUUCAAAGAAGCCAGAGACUACGGGAUUAAAUCUCAGCAGGAGGCAGAAGAAGCAGGGGAUGUGGAAUGGCAGCUUAAUGCUAGUGUCCUUCUGGCACAGGCACAAGUGAAACUAAAAGAUUAUGAAUCUGCUAUUAUAAACUUUGAGAAAGCAUUAGAAUGGGCAAGAAUGGUAAACGACAAUGAAGCAGAGCAAGCUUUCAUUACUACCCUUGAAGAUUUAAAAAGAGGAUCUGAAGAACAGGCUAAAUCAGACCAUGGUGAAAGUGAAGAUUACCCAGCAGAAGGACGUGUAUGGAGUGAAGAUGAGAGCCAUGAGGGACACAGCCCAGAUGUCUCUGUGUGACAACAUGUCUGCAUGGUGCUGAUUCAUUUAUUAAAUGUGAAGCUUGCAACUACAGAUUGUCCUGAGAAGACUCUGUAGUCAUUUUCUCAUUAGUAAAGAAUGUAUAAAUAAAA